CCGGCGAGAGGUGGUGCGAUGCCGGAUGCAAUAGACAAUCGUUCCAUGAGUGGUGGAAGGCCGAUGGCGUCAAGAUCCCCGGAGUUCGUAUGCUUCAUGAUGCCCGCACUAUAAAUACUGCUCAAGUUCGUUCGAUAGAAUCAUUACCGGUCUCAGCUACGAUCCAAUUCACGUGUGCUUUUACAAGAUGUCGCCAAAAGUUGCCAUUGCCGGGGCGAGUGGAAAUCUUGGCCCAACCGUUCUCGCAGCCCUUGUCGACGCUGGGUUCGAUGUCACGGUCCUGACAAGAGACAACAAUGAUAACAAGUUCGACCAACGAGCCCGUGUCACUCAGGUGAACUACGACUCGUUGGAAUCGCUGACCUCCGCUCUGGCCGGCCAGGAGGUGGUGGUCAACACGCUUGGUGUCGGACGAAUCCCCAGGGAGACUCAUCUUCGAUUGAUCGAUGCUGCCGUUGCGGCACACGUUCAGCGAUUCAUUCCCUCCGAGUUUGGCGGCAAUACUACCAACCCACGUGCCGCACAGCUUCCCGUUUAUGGGGACAAAGUAGCUGUUCAGAAGCACUUGCAAGAAGCGUCCGCCAACUCCAACGGCACCUUCUCCUACACUUUUCCGAUCACGGGGCCUUUCCUGGACUGGGGCUUGAAGAGCAAGUUUCUGCUGAACCACACGGGCCCGGAAGUUGAGCUGUACGAUGGCGGUGAUCAGAAAUUCAGUGCCACGACACUGGCCGGCAUUGGACGGGCGGUAUCUGGGAUCAUCCGCAAUCUAGACGCGACAAGAAACCAAGCUGUCUACGUUAGUGAGGCCGACGUGUCGCAAAAGGGGCUCCUUGAGCUAUCGGGCAAGCAGCUUGCGACGAAGACGGUGAGCACCGCCGAAUUGGAAAAGGAGGCUUAUGAAGAACUUGGCAAGCCCAACCCGAAUCCAGCCGUUUUUGCCUUCAACUUUCUGCGACGGGCUAUCUUUGGCGAAGGUUUUGGUGGUUUGGUAGCUCCGGAGGAGUUGUCGAACGACUUGCUCGGUGUCCGGUCAUUGAGCGAUGCAGAGAUCAAAAACAUUGUGGUGAAGAAUACUUGAUACCUGUACAGGGGGUACGAUGUGCUUUCAAUGAGCGAUUUGCCAUAGAUUACAGGCCCACAUAGGCCAAAAUGGACAUGACAGGGCUGCCAAUCAUCCAACGUUGCUUAUUCGCCCGUGUGGGCCACUCUUGGCGGAGACUACUCGGUUGUUGACCUGAAAUCUCAUUCAAUAUACUUGUACAAGUACGUAUUACCAGAAGGACCGUCCACGUCCGCACAUCCGUAUGUCCGUAG